CUGAUGAAGUGAUUGCAUUAGGAUAGCAGAUUGUUUGACACACGUGGGCACACAAGAUUAUGAAUAAUGAAGACAGUGAAGAGUGGGACAUACAUCACAAAGUUACAACCUUUAUAAGCUGGGUAGCAAGUAGAACUGAAGAUGAACACUUUUCAAGCAGAGCAUGGAGUAUAGUACUUAUUUCUUUCCCAAUACAUGCUGGUGUCUAGACUGUUUUACAGCAGCUAUUUUAGAUAGCCUUCUGGCCCAGCUCUCUCAUAUACUCUUUCAAGGUGACUAAUAUGACCUCAUGACGCUUCUGUAAAAGCCAGAUUCAGCUAGGAUGUUACACCAUCACUGUCGGAGAAACCCUGAGCUACAGGAAGAGUUGCAGAUUCAGGCUGCAGUUGCUGCUGGCGAUGUUCACACCGUGCGCAAGAUGCUGGAGCAAGGAUAUUCUCCAAACGGUCGGGAUGCCAAUGGCUGGACCUUGCUUCAUUUCUCUGCAGCAAGAGGGAAAGAGAGAUGUGUCCGUGUUUUUCUUGAACAUGGAGCUGAUCCCACUGUUAAGGACUUAAUUGGAGGCUUCACUGCUCUGCAUUAUGCAGCCAUGCAUGGCCGAGCGAGGAUUGCGCGCUUGAUGUUGGAGUCUGAAUACAGAAGUGACAUUAUUAAUGCCAAAAGCAACGAUGGUUGGACGCCCCUCCAUGUAGCAGCCCACUACGGCAGAGACUCAUUUGUCAGGCUCCUGUUGGAGUUCAAGGCUGAGGUUGAUCCGCUCAGUGAUAAAGGUACCACACCGCUCCAGCUGGCCAUUAUCCGGGAGAGGUCAAGCUGCGUGAAAAUCCUGCUGGAUCACAAUGCCAACAUCGACAUUCAGAAUGGUUUCCUGUUACGAUACGCUGUGAUCAAAAGCAAUCACUCGUACUGCCGAAUGUUCCUUCAGAGAGGGGCGGAUACAAACUUGGGGCGCUUGGAAGAUGGACAGACCCCCUUGCACUUGUCUGCUCUCAGAGAUGAUGUGCUUUGUGCACAAAUGUUGUACAAUUACGGAGCAGACACUAACACGAGGAACUAUGAAGGACAGACCCCACUGGCUGUUUCAAUAAGCAUUUCUGGAAGUAGCCGACCCUGUCUGGAUUUCUUACAAGAAGUGACAAGACAGCCCAGAAACUUGCAAGAUCUAUGCCGAAUUAAAAUUCGACAAUGUAUAGGCCUUCAAAACCUAAAACUACUUGAUGAACUACCCAUUGCCAAGGUUAUGAAAGACUACUUAAAACACAAAUUUGAUGAUAUCUGAUAUCCAUGAAGAGAAGAACUCUGAGCAAGAUUAGUUAUAUUCCAGAUACUUAAGAGGCUUGUUGCCUUGCACAAAGUAUAUCCUAUGCAAGUUCUGAUUUUUCUGUGAAGUCAGAAGGCAGGUAUACACUUCCUUGGGUUUUUUAUACCACAUGCUAGAAGGUCUUAAUUUUUGGUUUCUUGGUCCAAGUUUACAAGGUCCAAGCUUUCUAUACAAUAUUACAUUUUAAAAAUUGCUGUUGGUUUUUUGUUUGUUUGUUUUCAAAUUAAGUGUGCAGACUUGCAGUGGAGAUGGAAAAUAGCCUUUCAAGGGAAGUGAUUGGUUCAAAUUGGCAUGCUGAGCAAUUAUUAAAGUAAAUAAAGUUUGGAAACCAAGGCACCAGACCUGCAAAAGGAAGAUCUUCGGGGCUGUGCUGCGUGUUGAGACGCUUGUAGUGUAAGUCUCUGCCUGGCUGUAUGUGCUUUGCAGGCUAGAGGGUAGAGCUGGUAAUGACAUGUCCUGGAGAACCAUUCAAAUAUCACUUGGAAAUUUAAAAAAAAGAUGCAGGUACCUUGUUCAAUUCAUAGGCAUAAGCAUUGACUCUUUUUGUAUUAUUCUCUUCCUAAUUACUGUAGUUUGGAUGCCGAUAAAAUUCAGGCCCUCUGCUUUCCUGACAUUCCCUGUAAAAUGGGGGGCUGUUUGUAAGUCUGUUUUUAACAGUGACAGUACACUACACAGAGGCAUAGCCUCUGCAUUUUUUACAUUAACUUAAGAGUACACAAAAUUAGAUUUUUUGAAGCCAAUGUAUUCUGUUUCUCAUACAGUGCCUCCUGUGCAAUAAUCUUUCUGAUGUAUUUUCCCUUUAUGUGUGAUUUCCCCCCCACCACCACACACACAAUAUCUCAUUUAGUCUCCGUACGUGAUUUGUAAGAACAGAAACUGCUGCCUCACUGUAGUGUUGAUGUGAUAUUGCUAUAAUGAUGCGGCAAUUGCUGUUCAUUAUUAAUCCCUGAGUUUCAUGAAUGUAUAACCUGCAUUAUUUCACUUUCAGUUGAAAUUUUAUCUACGGGUCCUCAGACAAAUUGUGUCCGUUUAAAAGAAGAUAUAGGCCUAAACCCCUUUACUUUAAAGGCAGUGUUUUGGGUAUUUUUUUUCCSCUUCAGAAAUGCAAUUUGUUUCAGGUUAGAUUGGAAGUGCACGUGACUUACUUUCUUGCAUCUUUUAUGUGCACUAAAAAGAUAACUCCCCUUCAUAUUAAAAUUUUAAUUUUGGAAAUAUUAGGUGGUUUCCUAUUAAUCUGAAAACAGCAACUGCAAACAGGCCUGAAAUUCGGCUACUGAAUGUGUUUUUCAUUAUAGUUGUUAAAAAGAUCUAUUUAGGAUCUACUUCCAGUGAUUUAAAACUCCAUUCUUGCCGUGAAAAGAGUGGGCCAAAAUCUGCCAUUAUUUCCCUGUCCUCAUUUGCAAAGGACUGUGGAUUCAUGAGGAGGUUCUUGCCAGUGUCUUCUGCAUAAGCUUUGCCAUCCUGCUGGCAACAUCAGGAGUGGUUUUGUACCAGUUGUAUGGGUGGUGGUGGGAGAUGAAAGGAACAGUGGUAGUUUUUAAUUUUAACACCUUUGCUUUUCAAAAUAUUUAAUGCUAAAAGUAUGGAAAAGGGAAGCAAGCGUACUCAUACUCAACUAUGCUAGUUCCUCUUAAUUUUUUCAUAACCCUGGGUUAAGUUUUCUCAAAUACAAAUCUUACAAGAGAUGCACUAGAACUAUGGUAAGCAACGAGGAAUUGCCCAUCCUGUUAAGCUUGUCACUGCAUCGGGUUUCCGAGCUGUAGUGAUUUGGGCAAUUGAUAAUUGGUAAUGGGAUAUUGAACCUCUUUUCAUCUCCAACUUAUAUCUACCAGCUGGUAUCAAAGCAGGAUGGAUCUUUAAAACUCAGCAGUGCUGAGAGACAAUGACAAAAGUGAAGAAUUGACUGGCAAGUUUUAAGCCUGAAUCUUCAGUUUUGUGGAAUGAAAUCAGAACCUUAACAUUUUUUUUUUUUAAUCCUUAAUAUUGUUCACUAUGUUUGUAAGUUGGUCAAAACCAAUGUCCUUCCCCACUGAAUUUUUACAGUAAUAUUUUCUAAGGUAAUCUAGAGUAUAUUUUAGUUGCAACUUAUAUUAAGGCAAAUUAUUUGUUCUGUCUGUUGCUGUGACUGAAGAAAAUUAUGGAAGUCUUUUGUUGGUAACAAAAUUGCUAUUUAAUGAAGAAAAGUGUAAUUCCAUUAUUUAUUGUUUGAGGUUUGUUUUUUGGAUAUUUCUUUUGAGUAACUGACAUGUAAAGGGAGCACGCAUAUGUUUCAGGCCAGUAAAAAGCUGUUUUUUUGAAUUUAUUUUCACCCCAUCAUCUGCCCCAUCCCAAGGCCAGGGGGAAGCCCUUGUCCUCUCUUUCCAAGCUUAAACCCUCUCUUGUAGUUGGUUUCUGCAGUGAAGCACCACAGCACACGUGUAGCUCUGCACUCUUGGCUGCUCCGAGUUACCCAUGUGCUCCAGGGACUGAAGUGUGAGAGUUUAUUCACCAUUAAUCCUACCCAAACUUCAGUAAUGGGGAAUUCAGUCAUUUUCUUUAUUUUAAAUAUUGUGCACAAAUACUUUGGAGAACAAACUGAGCUCUGUUUGUUUGUUUGUUUGGACUAGAAUGUGGAAUGAUAAGUGCAUAAUAUAAAUUUGUCAUGUAGCCUGGUUCCAUUACCUUAAAAUUCACAGUUGAACACUUGUAAUGAACCUUAAAAAUUGGCAAAUACACCAAAGAAACAAUAUGAGUAAAAGACUCUGAUCAUUAACAAACUGCAAACCUCAUCCUUUAAAACAAAGCAGAAAGUUUUUGUAAAUAUUUAUGUUUAUAAAUGUACAGCAGAGUAAGAGUGUUUUUUAGAUUAUUUAAUUACCAUAUUUC